AUGCCGAUAUGCAUUUCAUGCAGUACUCCAGUCAAGGAGCUAUACACUGUCUACAGCAAAGCAGAUGACCGAACCCUGGGCAAAGGCGUUCGCCUGACCCAAUGCCCCAACUGCAAACGGUUCGCCGACAAAUAUGUCGAACAUGACUUUGUUGUCCUGUUUAUCGAUCUGGUGUUGAUAAAACCGCAGGUCUAUCGCCAUCUUCUCUUCAACAGGCUGGGACGCUCAGACGACAAGUUCGACCCCAGCAUCUUACGCCUGGGUACAUUGCUUGUCCUCUUCGAUGUCUACAUCACUUGGGCCAGGAUUGAGAAAUUAAACGCAGCAAAUGGUGGUCCUGCUGUGGGAUCGCGGCUCGGCGAGAUGCCCAUCCUAGCACAAUAUCUCUUCUUCUUGACCAUGAAUGUCUUGGCGACGUUUGCCCAGCAUGGCAUCAUUCGAGCCAUGGUUCGGAUGCUGGUAUCUCAUCAAAAACGACGAGAGCAGGCUCUCGCCAAUGCGACGCCCACAACGGCUUCCUGGUCGACCACCGAAACCCGCCAUACCAUUGCCGCGAGCCAUGCCGGUUCCAGCGCCAUCAGCACUGCCUUGUUAGUCUCUAGCUGCACCAAGUUGUUUCCCAUUUUGUUGGUCAUCUGGCCGACAGAUACAAAGGAGAGCGACUCCUUCGGCUUUGCGUUUCGAGCGACAAACUACGUGGGUUGGGCAGUUCUUCUCAACAAUGUCGAAGCGUUGCUGAUCUUACUCAACUGUGGAUACAUUAUUGCCACUGCUUUGGCAGUUUCGGGGUUUGUCGCAAGGUGGAUCGUGGAAGGCUGGUUCUUGAGCUUCAUCGGGCUUGCGCGAGAUACUGGUCCGGUGGGGGAUAUACUGGCUGCCUAUCGCCUUGUGGGAGGCUGGCUUAAAGGGAGUUGA